UAGAAACAUCAACAAACUGAAUUGAGAAAUUCUGCACUUUCUGUCAUAAAAAUACUCUCAAGAUUUAUCAGUUCCCCCAAUAGCUGAUAGUCGUAUUUUAAACAUUUUAAUAUUUAUUUUGUCAUUAUCUAAUACAGUGUUAUUUUUAACUUAAAUUGGAAAGGACUAAAUAUAUAUAUUCAUGAAAUAUUUAAAGGUGUUAAAUGUCAAAUAUGCUUAUAAAGAAUGAAUUAUAGUAUUUUAUUGGCCUACAGUGAUUUAUUUACAUCUAUUUCGCUUUUGUUUUCUAAAAGACUGCAGAAUGUUCUUUCUACGUUGUAUUUUUAAAAAUAAAUUUUAACAUUUUAGCUCUUAAAUGUGAACUUUUAUGUAGCCAAUAAUUUUAGAACACCAAAAAUUUCAUUUUUAUGAUUGCAUCAGAAAAAUGUUCGAAAUAUCAAGUGUAAGCAGUAAAGAUCAAUUUUUAGAACAGGCUAAAGCUGCUCGUUUAGAACGAGCAUUAGAGAGAAAACGUGAGCAAGCUACUUUAACUAUUCAGGCAUAUGCUCGAGGAUAUUUUGCUAGACAGAAGCUGAAAGAUGACGUUAGAAAAGAAUUUGAUCAAAUCAUCAAUGAUUUCACUGAAACAAAUAAUUUGCCUGCAGCCAUUGAUAUGUAUAAAAUUAUUAGAAGACUUAUGUUUGUUAUCAGUGAAGAAAACACAGACAGAGAGAGAUUUGAAAAAGUCUGUAGAUAUAUUAUUGCCAGCAUUGAUGCAGACUCAUUAAAAAAAAGUUAUAUUGCUGUAGCCUUCAACAAAGACCUUGCUGUUGCAUGGAUACAUCAUUUAAAGACAUUGCUUUGGCACUGUUGCAUAUAUUUAAAGUCUUUGAAACCUGAAUGGUCUCAAGAUGCAAAAUCUAUGAUGUUGUAUCUCCAUAUGCUAGUUUCUUUUACGAGUAUUGGUACAUGGAAAGUUUUAAACAAUAAGCAAGGGGAAGCUUUGAAACCUGCAAUGAACCAGCUAUGUGCUAACAUCAUGGGUCAUUUGGUAACUAAAGGCCUCUAUUCUAUUCUGCAAUCAAUUCUGUUGAAAGGUUUAGUGAGGGUGAAACCUUGCUUAAAGAAGGCAACUUUGCUUGCUAUCACAAAUCUCUCAAUUCGUCCUGUUGUGUCUUCACAAUUUACUAACAAUUUGAUGAACUUAUUUCUGCUGCAUAUCUUGUCAGUACCAGCACUUAUUCUACACUUUCAUAGUAUGGCACCUGAAUGCUUGGCAAUACUUUCAGAUCAAGGUAUUUUUAAACAUUCCUUGGAUUUACUUAUAUCUGAACAAAAUGCAAGGAUUCUUUUUAAUGCACUUGAAGGGAACUAUGCUCUUUGUCUUAUUGCUAAUUUAAUUCAUCUGGCGCAUUCUGAUCUUGAAAAUCUCCAAGCAAAUUUAUUAGAUUUUAUUAAUGUUAUUACCAGAAUCAUGGAAAGCUGUCAAAAAUAUGUUGUAAACAAACGAUCUAAUUUAACUCAUUGGCAUCCUGUGUUAGGAUGGUUUGCUCAAAAAGUGGACCAUGGGCUUCAUGAAUCUUUGGCACUGGUAAAAAAACAAGUUCAGCUUCUCUGGAGUGGGCCUAUGAUAAAAACAAUGUUUUCGCAUCUUGUGGAAUCUGUUUUGACAACUCCUCAGCCAUCUAGUCCAACAAAUCAAAGUGCUAUAUCCCCUAUACAGAAUUCUCCUUUUAAAACAAAUAUAUUUAAGAAAGCAUUAGAAAAAGCUUCCUCUAGUCGUUCAAAUAACAUUCGUUACAGAAGGUUAGGCAGUCCAGAAACAACUCUUGUUGCCUUAACUUGCAAUUUAUAUGAGACUGCUCUCUCAACACUUACACAAAUGAAACUGGAUAUACUUACAGGUCUUUGCUAUCAAGAUAUGGUAUUACCAAAUUUGUGGAAAUUCAUCAGCAGUCUUGGACCUGGAAAUGGAUUAAAGGCAUUUUUAGAUCAUCUAGCUAUUACAACUAAAACUUGCAGUCCUGAAUUUCAAAUUUUGGUUUUAUUUUGUGACUGUGCUACACACUUGAUCACAAUUUUAGAUGAUGUUGAACUAUAUGAACAACAGAAACCAUUCUGCUUAGAGGAUUUAGUUUCUAUAUCAGCUUUCCUUAAUCAGUUAGUUUUUAAACUGAUAUGGUAUAAUCUUAUAGAUGCUAAAGCUGUUAAGAGCAACACUUUAUUACAAUCUGCUCAUACUUUGCUGAUGUUACUAUAUAAAAGAGAUUGUAGACACUCAUACACACCUCCUGACCACUGGCUUAUCAAAGAAAUCAGAGUUAGUACUUUCAUGAGUGAUUUAGAGAGGGGUAAAAAGGCAGCUCAGGUUCUUAUGCAGAAGGUACCUCAUAUCAUUCCACAUAAAGAAAGAGUCGUUUUGUUCAGAAAGUAUGUAAAUAAUGAAAAAGAAAUUUUGGGUUUGACAGAGUCAGCGUGUGCUUCACCUCAGAGUACGCUAAUAACUGUGCACAGAUCUAGGAUUGUUGAGGAUGGUUAUCAACAGCUAUCAAUGCUUCCUCCACAGUCACUUAAAGGUGUUAUCAGAGUGAAAUUUAUUAAUGAACAGGGUCUUGAUGAAGCUGGCAUUGACCAAGAUGGUGUUUUCAAAGAAUUUUUGGAAGAGACAAUUAAAAAAGUUUUUGAUCCAUCUCUAAAUCUAUUUCGGGCUACUAGUGAAGAAAGACUCUACCCUUCACCUACAUCAAAUAUACAUGAAAACCAUUUAUCACUUUUUGAAUUUGUUGGCAAGAUGUUAGGUAAAGCUGUAUAUGAGGGGAUAGUUGUUGAUGUUCCAUUUGCUUCAUUUUUCCUUAGUCAAGUUUUAGGUCACACCCAUAGCGCAUUAUACAGUUCAAUAGAUGAACUCCCUUCAUUAGACCCAGAACUUUAUAAAAGUUUGACAUACAUAAAGCAUUAUACUGGCGACCUCCAUGACUUAGAUUUGACUUUUUCUAUCGAUGAAGAUUGCAUGGGGCAACUAGUCACUCAUGAACUUGUCCCUGGUGGUAAAGCUAUUCCUGUUACAAGUGAAAACAAAAUCAGCUAUAUACAUCUCAUGGCUCAUUUUCGCAUGCAUGUGCAAAUUCAUGAUCAAACCAAUGCUUUUUUGAGGGGAUUUCGUUCCAUUGUGAAUCCUGAUUGGCUUCAAAUGUUUUCAACUCCUGAAUUACAAAGAUUGAUAUCUGGUGAUAAUACUCCAGUGGAUUUGGUAGAUUUAAGAAAACAUACAAAAUAUUUUGGAGGCUUCCAUAACAAUCAUCGUGUGAUAAAUUGGCUUUGGGAUGUUCUUGAAAAAGAUUUCACUCAGGAAGAGCACAGAAUGUUUUUAAAGUUCGUGACCAGUUGCUCUAAGCCACCUUUGUUGGGAUUUGCACAUUUAGAACCAGCAUUCUCUAUAAGAUGUGUAGAAGUCAGUGAUGAUCAAGACACAGGUGAUACUGUUGGGAGUGUUCUUCGUGGUUUCUUUACCAUCAGAAAAAAAGAUCCAGUUAAUCGCUUACCAACUUCCUCUACCUGUUUCAAUCUUUUGAAACUUCCAAAUUACCAGAAGAAGAGCACUCUUCGAGAAAAAUUGCGUUAUGCUAUUAACUGCAAUACUGGUUUUGAACUCUCGUGAUUCAAAAAGGUUAAUGUUUAUAAAUCCUUUUAUGGAUAUGCACAUUUUAUUAAUGCACUGUACAUAGUUAAAUGUUUUAUCUUUGACGUUUUAUGCAAAUUAACUGGGAUCAUGCAUUAAAAUAUUUUAAAGUUUUCUAUUUUAGUAAAUAUAUUUUUAAAAAGACAAUAGCAUUAAAAUAUUUUGUUUAGUUAGUUUAGCAAAAAUUGCCAAAGACAAGAAGUUUUUUUAAUUAUUAUAUUUUAUAUACUAGGUAGCUUUAUUUAAUUUUAUUGAUCGUCAGAAUUGUUUCUUUCCCUCUGAAAGGUAGAGAUAUUUAAAUAAAUGUAUAUACAGAGAAUAAAACGAUCAAUUUUAAUU